GACAGCGCGGCGGCGCUAGGACCUGGCGGAGCACAGGCGCUCCUUUAGGCGGGUUGGAGUCUGGCUGGCGAGCGCGGGGAGAGGCACUGAAAACACAAUCGCAGAAAUGGCGGAGGGGGAAUUAGAUGUGGAUUCGCUCAUCUCUAGACUGUUGGAAGUGCGGGGGUGCCGUCCCGGGAAGAUCGUGCAGAUGACGGAGGCGGAGGUGCGGGGGCUCUGCAUCAAAUCCAGAGAGAUCUUCCUGAGCCAGCCCAUCCUGCUGGAGCUGGAGGCGCCACUCAAGAUCUGCGGCGAUAUCCACGGGCAGUACACAGACCUGCUGCGGCUCUUCGAGUAUGGCGGCUUCCCUCCUGAGGCCAACUACCUAUUCCUGGGAGACUACGUGGACCGAGGCAAGCAGUCCCUGGAGACCAUCUGCCUGCUGCUGGCCUACAAGAUCAAAUACCCCGAGAACUUCUUCCUGCUGCGCGGGAACCACGAGUGUGCCUCCAUCAACCGCAUCUACGGGUUCUACGAUGAGUGUAAGAGACGAUUCAACAUCAAGCUGUGGAAGACUUUCACUGACUGUUUCAACUGUCUGCCAAUCGCUGCCAUCGUCGACGAGAAGAUCUUCUGCUGCCACGGAGGGCUGUCUCCCGAUUUGCAGUCUAUGGAGCAGAUCCGUCGCAUCAUGAGGCCCACAGACGUGCCUGACACAGGCUUGCUGUGUGAUCUGCUGUGGUCGGACCCUGACAAGGACGUGCAGGGCUGGGGGGAGAACGACCGCGGGGUCUCCUUCACCUUCGGAGCCGACGUGGUCAGCAAGUUCCUGAACCGCCACGACCUGGACCUCAUCUGCAGAGCGCACCAGGUUGUAGAAGACGGUUAUGAGUUCUUUGCUAAGAGGCAGCUGGUCACCCUGUUCUCUGCUCCCAAUUACUGCGGCGAGUUCGACAACGCUGGAGGGAUGAUGAGUGUGGACGAAACCCUCAUGUGCUCCUUCCAGAUCCUGAAGCCGUCUGAGAAGAAAGCCAAGUACCAGUAUGGAGGCAUGAACUCUGGCAGACCCGUGACCCCGCCCCGCACAGCCACGCCCCCAAAGAAACGGUGAAGGAGGAGAGGAGGGACGCUGGCUCUCGCAGCGUUUACCACACCAGAUGCCGUCGAAAUACAAACACGAUGAAAAAAGAAAGUUGGCUUUUUUUUUUUUUUUAAACAGCUUUUUCUGUUGGUCACGUUCUGCUUUUAUUAUUGUUGUGUUGUUUUUCUCCUGCACUACAACUCAAAACCAGUCUCUAAUUGCUUGUUUAUAAAAAGGAAAUAUUUAAAUUCACCAAGGAUUUUUUUUUUCUGUUGCUAAAUACAGAACAUUAAACACA